UAUCAUUGAACUGAAAAAAAGAAAGAAAAAAGAACAACGUAAGAAACAAACACAUAAUCAGAAUCUGAGCUCAUCAAACUGAAACCCUAGUUUCCAACGACAAUGUAUCGUUAUUUCUCUUCUUUUCGCCAUGGCCGUGGAUCUUCCCUCAUUACUCUUCUCGCACCCAAAUCAUCACUUCCAUCCAAUCUACAAUCUCACCGCUUCACGUGGUUGCCUCAAAACGACGGACAUGUUAGACGAUUUUCUAGCUCAAAUUGGGGUUGGAGUGGGAGGAAUCCGAGCCAGAAUGUGAAUGCAAAUGCACGUCCAGAUUAUAUGCGUGAUAGAGAGAACAUAAACUCCAGAAGCGCUCUGAGCCAGAAUGUGAAUGCAAAUGCGAAUGUCCGUCUGGAUCAGAUGCGGGAUGGAGAGAACAUAAACUCCAAAAGCGACAAUGAUGCUGAGACUGGCAAGAAUUCUAGGCCUAUGGACUUUGUUAGAGGAAUUAUAGAGGAAGAUCGAAAGGAUUUUAUGGGGGGUUCUCCAUAUCAUUAUGAGCAGGAUGCGGAUUUUGUUCAUAUAAAGAUGUUACGGAACAAUACCUUUGUUACUGUAACAGAUUCUAAAGGAAAUAUAAAACUCAGGGGCUCUGCCGGUUCCUCCUUGAAAGACAUGAAAGCAGGGCAAAAGCUUUCUAGGUAUGCUGCUGAAGCAACUGCAGAAGUUGUUGGACGAAAGGCUAGGGCUUUGGGGUUGAAAUCUGUUGUAAUGAAAGUGAAAGGAUUUACUCAUUUUAGGAGAAAAAGGCAAGCCAUAAUGAGCUGGAGGGAGGGAUUUACUGAUUCUCGAGGGGAUAGAAAUCCAAUUGUAUAUAUUGAAGACACCACUCGACGUCCUCAUAAUGGCUGCAGACUCCCAAAGAAACGACGUAUUUAGUUGUUUUUAUUGGGAUUGUUUAAGAAGCUUUAUUUGACUUGGAUGAAGACAUAAUUUUAGUGCAGUUUGGGCACAUGCUGAUAUUUUUAUCAAUCAUCUUUCAUUAUGAUGUCUUUUGUUGUUUACAUUAUGUACAAUUACGAAGGUUCAAUAACCAGAAAUUUCUGUAGCAGCAUGUCCUGAAGGGCCAUUCUCAAUUGAAGGUUGUGUGGGGCUCAUGGUAGCUGAUCUUGUAUUACUACUUUAACCUCUUUUUUUGACGUAAAAAAAUGAU